AUGUUGAUAAAUUUUGUACUUUGUGGUCAACAAAACAUUUUUCAUCGUCGUGGUGAAGGUGAUGGAAUUGCUAAUACACAAGGUGUUCGUACAUUGCUGACUUUUUUUGGUACUCAGUUUAACAAAGCGUGUGUUGUUGGAUCAGAUUUUAUUGAUAUACUUUAUGAUGGUCUUGUUAUCAUAAAUAAUUUUUAUGAUGAUAAAAUUAAGCCAAUAGCACCAGAUGCUAUUGUUAAACGUGCGAGAGCGGCAUUACCACUAGAAGGAUACAAUGUCAUUUACAAUAAUUGUGAACAUUUUAUAACAGACUGUCGAUAUGGUCAGCCUAAAAGUCUUCAGGUUCAUGAUGUUACUAUUGGAGUUUUAGUUUCAUUCUCACUCAUAGCUGGAGCCGUGUUUCUAUUGGGAUUAGGUAUUCGAAAAUCCACUAAUGAUGAUAAUAAAGAAGGUGAUGAACAAAGUAAAUAG